AUGAAUCAGCAAGUCGAUUACGUGGCAGCGCAAAGGGCCGGCGAGGUGAGCAUUCCGUUCGCUGCGGAGCUGUUCGGCCGGGUGGCAUCGGCGGCCAAGGCGGACGCCAACGUGUUCGUGUCGCCCUACAGCGUCGGCACGGCGCUAGCGCUGACGCUGGAGGGCGCCAAGGGCGACACGGCGGGCCAGCUCAAGAAGGCCAUCGGCUACGGACCCGACCAUGACCCGCAGAAGCUGCACCACGACAUCGUCUCGCUCAUCUACUCGCUCAACAAGGUUGAGGGCGUGGAGCUGUCGGUGGCCAACGCACUCUGGGUCUCCAACGACUUCCAGAUCCACCAGGACUACGUGAAGCGAUCGCAGGAGCUGUUGUCGGAAGCGCGCAACCUGGACUUCAACACCCAACCCGAGAAGUCGCGUCAGAUCAUCAACUCGUGGGUCGAAGAAAAGACCAAAGACAAGAUCAAGGACCUCCUCCCCUCUGGAUCAAUCCAGCCGGGCGUGCCGCUGGUGAUCACGAACGCGAUCUACUUCAAGGGCGCGUGGGCUCACGCCUUCAAGAAGUCCAGCACGCAGGACCAGGACUUCCACCUCCUGGGCAACGCGGGCACCAAGACGGUCAAGAUGAUGGAGCAGAACAAGCUCAAGACGCGGCACGGCAGCUUCGCCGACCACGCCAUGGUGCAGCUGCCCUACAAGGGUCAGGACAUCGUCAUGCUCAUCAUGCUGCCCCACGAGAACUCCCCCAGCGCCCUGCAAUCGGUGGUGUCGGAGGAGAAUCUGAGGAAGAUCAACCACAACCAGCGCUCGAUGCAGCAGUCCGAGGUCAACAUCAAGCUGCCGCGCUUCAAGUUCGAGUACGAGGUGGAGCUGGCCGACCUCCUGCAGGAGAUGGGCAUCAGCCUGCCCUUCACCGACAACGCCGACUUCAGCGCCAUGGUCGCUCCCGACUCUCCGGCCGAGUGCAUGGCCAUGGCGCCCAGCUCGGUGAUCGACUUCGUGGUCGACCGGCCGUUCGCGUUCGUCAUCUACAAUGCGCGCCUCCAGUGUCCGCUGUUCGUCGGCAAGGUGGUCGACCCCACCACCGCUUGA